CAGGUGACAGCCCCCCGCUGCUACAGCCAUCUUUAAAGGAAAACAUGUCACUGUUUUGUGAGGUUCCGCAGGCAGUCCCCGUUGCUGUCUUUAAACUAACACAGGACUUCAACAACGACCCAUUUCCAAAUAAGGUGAACCUCGGGGUGGGAGCAUACAGGACAGAUGAAGGAAAGCCAUGGGUUUUACCAGUGGUGAAAAAAGUGGAGAAGAUCAUCGUUCAUGAUGACAGGCUAAACCAUGAGUACCUGCCCAUCCUGGGCCUCCCUGAGUUCAGAUCAUCCUCCUCAAAGAUCGUAUUGGGAGAUGACAGUCCCGCCAUUCAGGAGGACAGGGUGGGGGGUGUCCAGUGUCUCGGUGGUACUGGUGCUUUGAAGAUUGGUGCAGAGUUCCUGAGGCGUUUUUACAAUGGGAACAACAACACAAAAACACCCAUCUAUGUGUCCUCACCUACUUGGGAAAAUCAUAAUGCCGUGUUCAGCAGUGCUGGUUUUGAGGAUGUCCGUUCUUACAAAUACUGGGAUGCAGAGAAGAGAGGUCUUGAUCUGUCUGGUUUCCUCAGGGACUUGGAAAGUUGUCCUGAGCGCUCCAUCUUUGUUCUGCAUGCCUGUGCCCAUAAUCCCACUGGAACUGACCCCACACAGGAGCAAUGGAAGCAAAUAGCUGAAGUCAUGAUGAGGCGAAAGCUGUUUGCAUUUUUUGACUCGGCCUAUCAGGGAUUUGCCUCGGGUAACCUUGAGAAGGAUGCUUGGGCUGUCCGCUACUUUGUCUCGAUGGGUGUGGAAAUGUUCUGUGCUCAGUCUUUCUCAAAGAACUUCGGGCUCUAUAAUGAGCGUGUGGGCAACCUGACAAUCGUUGCUCAGGAUGCAGAUAACCUAAAGAGGGUUCUCUCCCAGAUGGAGAAGAUCGUCAGGACCACCUGGUCCAACCCACCAUCUCAGGGAGCUCGCAUCGUUGCGGUCACACUUAGCUCACCAGAGCUAUUUUCUGAAUGGAAGGAUAAUGUGAAGACCAUGGCUGACAGAGUCUUACUGAUGAGGGCUCAGCUUAAAGCCAAGCUUCAGUCUCUUGGAACACCGGGGACCUGGGACCACAUCACAGAACAGAUAGGCAUGUUCAGCUUCACGGGCCUUAACUCUAAACAAGUGGAAUACAUGAUAAAGGAGAAACAUAUCUAUUUGAUGGCCAGUGGUCGCAUCAACAUGUGCGGUUUGACCAGCAAGAACAUCGACUAUGUGGCCGAGUCCAUCCAUGAGGCAGUUACCAAGGUCCAGUAGGAGGGUCUCCCUCCUGCUGCCCCGCCCUGAGGAGACGAAGUUUGUCGCACAGAUUUUGCUAUUUGCUGACAUUUGCAGAUGGCUAUCUUGAAUUUAAAUUCACUGUUUAGAUAGGUUGAACACAUUUUGAACAGAGAUACUGCUGCAAGUAUAGAUUGUGUCCCAAUACAACUUUUACAUUUCCUAUAUGAUACCAAUACUGCAGCUUUGAGUAUUAACCAAUACGGAUGUACUGAGCUGAUAAGAUAUUAGCACAAAUCAUAUAUGCUUUUAUAACUCACUUUAUAUUGUGAAAUUUUAGCAAAGGGCUGAUUUAGUUAAAUUAUUUAAACAGAGAACAAUAAUCAACAGCAUUGGUUGACCCUGACCCGUGUGUUAUUAACCAAUGGGUUAAAUAGACUUUAAACAGAAGCAGAUAGAAGGAACGGAACAUCCCAGUUUCUUAUACCACACAUGUGGUAAUACAUUAAUUUUCAUACGUUAAUUUGAAUGUUCGUUCUCCUCCUUUUCUUCUUCUGUUUGUAUGAAAAUAUUAAAACAUAAGAGCAGAUUUACCGGGACCUGUUUAACUUAUAAUGCAGCUAUUAUGAAUGACUGCUUUAAAAAGAUUCAUAUCUGAAUGACAUUUUAAAUGUUGUUCUCAGGAAUAUAUUUCAAGUUUACCCAUUUAAAUGUAUUAACCAGUGGAAUCUGUAGUUACCUCCCUUGAAAAUCUGCAUUCAUAGUAUUUCUCUCAAGUCUGAGUCAGCACAAACAGCAUCGAUUGGUCCUAACGGGUGUCAUGACUUCAUAGAAAUGUGUGCUCAGUGCUACAGGCUCAAUGUCUCGAUGUUUCCGAUCCUGUCAGGUUCUUACUGGUUAUUGUUUACCCUUCACAGCACAGACUAGCUCUUGUGUAAUAGUGUUGUUCCUGAAAAAUAAAAAACUAAUGAUCUACCAGCCUGCUAUCACCUCUCUAUGAGCAGCACAGUUAUAAACAGACUGAUAAGUGAUUUAAUUUAGGUGGAGAGUCCUGAUAAGUGGGUCAUUCUCAAUAAAAACCCAGUGUUAUGUUUGCAUUGUUUCUAAACCUGUUGAUGAGAG